AUGCUUUUCGAAGGAGCAUCGAAUAUAUGGGGGCAUGAAAUAGUGGCAGUUUUGAUAUCACUUGAGGCCAAAUAUUACCCGGUUACGACUGAACUCAAAUUUCUAUGCACCAACAAUGUGGCAGAAUACGAAGCUUGUCUGUUGGGUUUGCAAGCCGCCCUACACCGAGGUAUUAAAGAACUGACUGUAAAAAGGGAUUCGACAUUGGUAAUUCAUCAGUUAAAAGGGGAAUGGGAAACCCAAGACACUAAGUUGAUACUGUACCAACAGUUCAUUCAAAAGAUGAUAAAGGAAUUCAUCAAUAUCAAGUUUCUCCAUUGGCCGCGGGAAAAUAAUUUAAUUCCUGAUGCAUUGGCUACAUUGACAACUCUAUUCAAGGUAGAACCUAGAAUGGAGAUUAAACCUAUUCAGAUAAGGAUGCAAGCAAAGCCGGCAUAUUGUGCAGUGGCAGAAGAAGUUGAUGGGAAACUGUGGUUCUAUGACAUCAAUACUUAUAUUCAACAGCAGGAGUAUCCCGUAGGAGCCUCCAAUAAUGAUUGGAAGACAAUUAAGACACUAUCUAUGGUAUUCUUUCUAGAUGGAGAAAUACUUUAUAAGAGGAACCACGACAUGGCGCUUCUACAAUGUGUGGAGUCACAAGAGGCACGAAAAAUCAUGUAG